CAGCAGGACCUGAACUUCCAGAGCAAUCUCGCACGUUUGGCUGCACUCCCGUAAGGAUGGAGACGAAAGACAAGCAUGUCAAAGAGCGGCUGCCGUUCACGUUGAGAAGAUUUCACGUUUCUGAAGAUUAUGGCUUCCUUUCUCCAAAUCCGCUGACAGAACUCCCUCUUUUCUAUAGCCCUUGGAUGGAGAUCGCCCACAGGCUACCGGACCUGAUUGAGACCCACCAGCUUCGAUCACAUGUGGACAAGAUGCCUCUGCUAAGCACCCAGCACCUCCAAGGCGACCGAGAGCUGCAGCUGGCCCACCUGGCACUCAGCUUCGUCACAAUGGGCUACGUCUGGCAGGAAGGCGAAAAAGGGACCGUCAAGGUCUUGCCACGCAACCUUGCCAUCCCCUUUGCAGAGAUUUCUCGGACUCUGGGGCUGCCUCCUAUCCUGGUUCACAUGGAUUUUGUUUUAGUGAACUGGAAGAAAAAGGAUCAUAAUGGGCCUCUGGAAAUUGAGAAUCUGGAUCCUGUCAUUUGCUUGCCUGGAGGGGAGAGCCUCAGGGGUUUCAUUCUCGUCACUUUCCUUGUUGAGAAAGCUGCUGCACCUGGGAUCAAGGCAAUAGCACAGGCUGUUAAUGGCAUGCGUCAGAAUGACGGGAAGAUCCUCGAAGAAGCAUUGCAGGAAAUCUCAAGUGCACUCAAAGACAUGAUGGCGGCUUUGAAGACAAUGCACGAUUAUGUAGAUCCUGAAAUAUUUUAUAGAGUGAUAAGAAUCUUUUUGUCUGGCUGGCAGGAUAACCCAGCCCUGUCAGGAGGACUGAUCUAUGAAGGCGUCUGGGAAGAGCCGAGGGCCUACUCCGGGGGAAGCGCGGCACAGAGCACCACGCUGCACGCCUUUGACGAACUCCUUGGCAUCCGACAUAGCAGGGAAUGCACCGCCUUUCUGCACCGAAUGAGGGAUUAUAUGCCUCCCCACCACCAGGCCUUCAUCAAGGAGAUCCAGGCCUCUCCUCUGCUGAGAUGCUACGUGUUAGCCUCUGGAAAGAAAGAACUCCAGUCGGGGUACAACAGGUGUGUGGCUGCCCUCUCUGACCUGAGAACCUGUCACAUUGCCAUUGUCACCAAGUACAUCACCAUGGCCGCCAUCCACGCCAGGGCCAAGCCAAGCAACGCCACUCCUCGGAUGAGCCCCCCUUCUUUCCUGGAAAAGAGAGGGACAGGUGGCUCGGAGGUGCUCAGCUUCUUGAAAAGCAUCAGGGAUACGACCAGAGAAGCCAUGCUAGAUUUCUAAAAGCCGCGUUUGCCUCAAUGUUUCUUCUCACGUUCAUCAUCACAUAGGGCCAAAACAAGCAGUUAUGAUCUCUAAUAUACGUACAAGUGGGUCCUGAACUCACUUUGGUAUUGCACUUGUGCAGUCCUAAGAACCACUUCCAUAAGCUGUUAAAGAUGCAAGAAGGCCAAUUACUUCUCCCGCAGUGUAUUUUCUUUUAAUUUACAAAUGUGUCUACUCCUGCAUUCUCUGAGUACGGCUGAAUGGCCAUUGUGGCUGGGGAUUAUGGGCGUUGUAGUCCAACAGCAUCCAGGGACCCAACUUUGAGAACCCUCAUCAUAUGGGUUUCCACCAGAAGACUCUCCAGCAGUGGAAUGCCAUCUUGUGAUCAUGUGACUCACUCCCCAUGCAGCAUCCUCCUCCUGCUGUUUAGCUCUUUGACUUCUCCAUGUGGGUUGUGAAUAAGCAUUUGUUUACUCUGAAAUUAGAAAAGUUUAAAAUGUUGAGCCACCCUAAUCCAGAUUAUGUGUCAAGAUGAGCUGUAUUCAACCUAAAUGAUGCAAAUUAAGAGAGAAUCUGCUUGUA